AUGGUGACCAGCGGCGCGCUCCCUGUCGUGGACCUGGCGCCUUUCUUCACGGGGGACGCCAGCGGCAUGGCCCGCGCCACGGAAGCCAUGCACGAGGCGUGCCGCACGCUCGGGUUCUUCCGUGCCGUCAACCAUGGGGUGCCUGCCGAGCUCAUGGCGAGCGCGCUGGAGCUGUCGGCCUCUUUCUUCGCGCUGCCGGACGAGGAGAAGGCCAAGGUCCGGCCGGCGGAGGGCUCCCAGGCGCCCCUCGCGGCUGGUUACGGGCUGCAUCCGGCGCAUCUGGUGGACAGGUACGAGUACGUGAGAGUAUGCCAUCCUCGGCACGAGCUCAACCUCUACUUCCCCGAUGAGCCAGCCGGUUUCAGAGAAGCAAUGGAGGAGUGCUACGCCAAGCUCACGGAGCUGGGGCUGCUCAUCCAGGACAUCCUGAACGACUGCAUGGGGCAGCCGCCAGGCUUCCUCAGGGACUUCAACAGCGACCGCGGCUUGGACGUCAUGGUGGCGCUGCGCUACUUCCCGUCGACGGAGCCGGAGGAGAAGAUCGGGCUCAGCGAGCACGAGGACGGGAGCUGCAUCAGCUUCGUCUUCCAGGACGGCGUCGGCGGCCUCGAGGUCCUCAAGGACGGGCAGUGGAUCCCGGCCCGGCGGAGCCCGUGGAGGGCAGCAUCGUCGUCAACAUAG